AUGCAAUCUGUAGUAACACGCAGCUACGAGGAGUUUGGAGGGUUCCGCGGGACAGAAAGCGCUGGAAACUCCAAAAGGCAAAUAUUUACUUACGGAUCUGUUUCAAUUAGCUUAGUCUCUGACGUUCUCUUGGCUUGCACAAGUCCCUCGUGCAGUAGGAGUAGUUUGUCUUUAUUCGGCCACCGUCUCGUCAGCGUUACAGAGUGUUUUGUCCGCCUGCAGCCGCCGUCCCUGAUAUUAUUCACCGAGUUCCAGGGCAAGGGAACUUGUGUAAAGGAGGAGCCGGCUUGUAUUGCCGGCACCAUGGAGUCACCUUUUAGCCUUGGACUCUCUCAGAAGCCGGAUGAAGACUGGGAUUCUACCCUGUUUGCUGAACUUGGUUAUUUCACAGACACAGACCAGUUGCAAUUGGAUGCAGCAAAUGAAACUUAUGAAAACAAUUUUGAUCAUCUUGAUUUUGAUUUGGAUUUGAUGCCUUGGGAGUCAGACAUUUGGGACAUCAACAACCAGUUCUGUACAGUUAAAGAUAUUAAGACAGAGCCUCAGCCACUUUCUCCACCCUCCUCAAGUUGUUCAGUCUCAUCUCCUCUGUCAGUGGACUCUUAUUCUUCAACUCAGAAUGUUCCUGAGGAGUUGGAUUUAUCUUCUAGUUCCCAGAUAUCUCCCCUUUCUUUAUAUGGUGAAAGCUGUAAUAGUCCCUCUUCAGCAGAGACACUGAAGGAAGAUAAGCCUGUCAUUGGUCCUAGGAAUAAAACUGAAAAUGGACUGACUCCAAAGAAAAUUCAGGUGAAUUCAAAACCUUCAAUUCAGCCUAAGCCUUUAUUGCUUCCAGCAGCACCCAAGACUCAAACAAACUCCAGCGUUUCAGCGAAAACCAUCAUUAUUCAGACACUACCAACACUUAUGACAUUGACAAAGCAGCAGCCAAUUAUCAGUAUGCAACCUGCACCCACUAAAGGUCAGACCGUUUUGCUCUCUCAGCCUACUGUGGUACAAGUUCAGGCACCUGGAGUUCUGCCCUCUGCUCAGCCAGUCCUUGCUGUUGCUGGGGGAGUCACACAGCUACCUAAUCAUGUGGUGAACGUGGUACCGGCUCCUGUGGCAAGUAGCCCAGUGAAUGGAAAACUUUCCGUGACUAAGCCUGUCCUGCAAAGUACCAUGAGAAGUGUGGGUUCAGAUAUUGCCGUGCUAAGGAGACAGCAACGUAUGAUAAAAAAUCGAGAGUCUGCUUGUCAAUCCCGCAAGAAGAAGAAAGAAUAUAUGCUGGGGUUAGAGGCAAGGUUAAAGGCUGCCCUUUCAGAGAAUGAGCAACUGAAGAGAGAAAAUGGGUCACUGAAGCGGCAACUAGAUGAAGUUGUACUAGAGAACCAGAGGCUUAAAGUCCCUAGUCCAAAGCGAAGAGUUGUCUGUGUGAUGAUAGUAUUGGCAUUUGUAAUACUGAACUAUGGACCCAUGAGCAUACUGGAACAGGAUGCCAGGAGAAUGAACCCUAGUGUGAGCCCUGCAAAUCAAAGGAGACACCUUCUAGAAUUUUCUGCAAAAGAGGUGCAAGAUACAUCAGAUGGUAUCAUCCAGAAAAACAGCUACAGAUAUGAUCAUUCUGUUUCAAAUGACAAAGCCCUGAUGGUGCUAACUGAAGAACCACUGCUUUAUAUUCCUCCACCUCCUUGUCAACACCUGAUUAACACAACUGAAUCUCUCAGGUUAAAUCAUGAACUUCGAGGGUGGGUUCAUAGACAUGAAGUGGAAAGGACCAAGUCAAGAAGAAUGACAAAUAAUCAACAGAAAACCCGUAUUCUUCAGGGUGCUCUGGAACAGGGCUCAAAUUCUCAGCUGAUGGCUGUUCAAUACACAGAAACCACUAGUAUCAGCAGGAACUCAGGGAGUGAGCUACAAGUAUAUUAUGCUUCGCCCAGAAGUUAUCAAGACUUUUUUGAAGCCAUCCACAGAAGGGGAGACACAUUUUAUGUUGUGUCAUUUCGAAGGGAUCACCUGCUGUUACCAGCUACCACCCAUAACAAGACCACAAGACCAAAAAUGUCAAUUGUAUUACCAGCAAUAAACAUAAAUGAGAAUGUGAUCAAUGGGCAGGAUUACGAAGUGAUGAUGCAGAUUGACUGUCAGGUGAUGGACACCAGGAUCCUCCACAUCAAAAGCUCCUCAGUUCCUCCCUACCUCCGAGAUCAGCAGAGGAAUCAAACCAACACCUUCUUUGGUUCCCCUCCAGCAGCCACGGAGGCAACCCACGUUGUCAGCACCAUCCCUGAGUCAUUACAAUAGUACCUGCGGCUAGAUUGGAAAACUAAGAGUGGUACCCUGCCAAACUGAAGAGUGGGUGAGAGAAGUGCUGCUUUUUCUGCCUUCUUGGUGACAGGUAGAGAGAGAGAAAAAAAGCUGCUGCUCUGUUUUUCACCAUCUACCCAACUACUUGAAAUCACUGGGAUUUAGACACAAGAGAACAGCAUUUCUUCAGUGGCAAAUGUAACCCUGCAUCCUCCAGCGUUACCUACUGUGUAUUUUUUCCCUGUACCUUUCUAAACUGCUAUACCCUUUAUAUUUGUUUUGUGUUUAAAUGGUGGUCUUCUUUCAAAUAAGAUCCAUCUCCCCUUUUUGCCACUUUACUUAUUGAUGCAGUAAAGUGAAUUUUAUUUAAAGCUA